GUGGGUAUAAUGGCAUUGAAUGGCAUAAAUGAUUGUGAAUAUGAUGUGUUGUGAUGUGCCCGUUUGUUGAUGAUAAAUUAUUGCUACGGUGUAGAUGCUUUUUGGUUGAAGGAAAAGAGGCCAAUGGUAAGAAAUAAAACGUGAUGUUGAAAAGGUUAUGAAUUGUGGGCAAUAGACAUCUUUCGUGUCAGUUAAAAAACAGUUACAAUAUCCGUUUUGGUACAGCCGUCCGACGUUGUUAAUUAAUUAAAUGAAAUUGGCGUGGUCAUUAUUGGCCGUGUUUUGGCCUUGAUUUGGGUCAUUUUAGUCAUUGGAGUUGGAGAAUUCAAUGAUUUUGUCACGGAGAUGCUUCACAUUGAAAUUAACCUUUUGAAUAAUAUCAUGAAAAUUCAAGGAAAUUUCUCGAAUUUCUUCUUCCACGUCGAAGAGGGAUUGAAUGAAUUGGCUCGAGUUACGAGUAACAUUCACCCAUUUCCGCAACGAUAAUAGGAUGCUUCUUAAUUGUCCAUGCUGAUAUAGUUGAUAGUUGUCAGGGAUUGAGUAAAUAGGUGAUUCGUAUGGUAUUUGUGGAGUCUGCGAGUGUUACACAUUUUUUAUUCUAUUUAUUAUCUAUAAUUAUUGAUUGAAUGAUAGCUGAUUUAUCGAUGUAUGUUAUGUUACGACGGAAUUAGUGAGCCAGCAAGAUGGGCAAGCUUUUGUCAAAAAUAUUUGGCAAUAAGGAGAUGCGAAUUCUCAUGUUGGGACUUGAUGCCGCUGGAAAAACGACUAUUCUGUAUAAAUUAAAACUGGGCCAAACUGUCACAACAAUACCCACUGUAGGAUUUAAUGUAGAGACUGUUACGUAUAAAAACGUUAAAUUCAAUGUCUGGGACGUGGGCGGGCAAGAUAAAAUACGUCCGUUGUGGCGUCAUUACUACACUGGUACUCAAGGACUUAUUUUCGUAGUUGACUGCGCUGAUCGGGACAGAAUUGAUGAGGCACGUCAAGAAUUACACCGAAUUAUCAACGACAGAGAAAUGCGAGAUGCUAUUAUUUUAAUAUUUGCUAAUAAACAAGAUCUUCCUGACGCUAUGAAACCACACGAAAUACAAGAAAAGCUCGGACUAACCAGAAUACGAGACAGAAAUUGGUACGUUCAACCGUCGUGCGCGACGACCGGUGAUGGACUCUACGAGGGCCUUACAUGGUUAACUAGUAAUCACAAAUUAUGAGCUAUUAGUUAGUUCUUUCCAUUAAUCGUGGAUUUCGUAAACCCUAAAAAACAAACAAAAUGAGUAAUAUACACCUACCAUGUGGGUUUUAUCUAUUAAACAGAAGAUAAAUAACAAAAAAGCAAAAUGCAACAAAACAUAAGAUAUGAAUGAAAAAGCUGAAAAGACAGUAUGCAAUUUUAUGUCAACCUCAAUCGAGGAGUUAGCUACAAUACACAUGCGAAGAGGUUGAUGUGACACAUUUGCCUGUCCUGUGAAAACUAAAUGAACGUGAAGGAAUGUGAAUCUAAUGUACAAUGGCGUUUCAGUUAUGUGUAGAAUAGGUCGACGGCCUGUGGUAAGGGAAAAUGUUGGGGGGCGGGGUGAUAUUGGGAAAUGGGGGGUUCUAUUCACACGAUCCACCGUUCAACAACGAGCCAUAAAUGUCUUAUCGAGAUGAUACUUUCAAUUCUUUGUUGUACAGUGCUCUUGAAGUUUAUUAUAAAUGAGGUUCCAAAAACGAAAAUGAAACAGAAAAUAAUCGAAUGAAAAAGCAAAAAUAAAAGGACAAACACGAGGCAGAAAUGUAAUGUAAAAUUUGUUACUAGACUCACCGAUGAAGUUGAUGAGAAUAUAAGGUUUUUAUUGUAAAAUAGCCAAAAUUUUUUUAUGCAAUUGAAGAAAUUUUCUUUUUCUGGAUUUGAAUUAUUCAUUUUUUGUUCGUAAAUACCAUGGUUUGUUGAGUGAAAAUUUCCUGAGUAAUGUUUAAGCAUACAUUUUUUUUUCUUUAUAUUUCUGGGAUUCAUUUUAUUUUCCUUUAAUAAAUUAUUUAGACGUAGCAGUUUAGAGAAUUUCAAGUAUCAUCACAUUUCUUUGGAGACUGUAAUGAUUAGAAUUUAGUGUUCAAUUGCGUUGUAUAUAUAUAUAUGAGUUUAUGGUGUUUGAGGUUUUAAGCGAAUGAGGGCAUAUUAUAUUACUUUCCUUUUCAAACAGAAAACAUAAUUGAUCAUUAUAAUUUUGAAUUUUGGCGAAACACUCUGACGAUUUAAUGUUGAAUUGAUGAUGAGGGUAUAAUAUUAUUAGUACGAUGUAAAAAUUAUUCCUGUUAUUUUUAUAGGAUUCCUCUGGCCAUUAAAAUUGAGGGAUUACGUACUGAGGAUUGAAAUUAUUCAAUGAUAAUAUUGUUUUUCAAUUGAUAGAUAUUAGGGGCUUCAAUUUAAAAUCAAGUAAUACUGAGUUGAUUAAAAUGGUUGAUAUAUAUUUAGUCAUGAACGAUUGAUAUCAAGGAGAUGUAGAACGAUUGAAUGAAUACAGUUUACCGGAAGUCAAUGGAGGAUCAUCAAAAAUUGUGGAGAAAGCAUUGAAAAGUAUUUCACUUACCGCAGAGGAUUGCAGCAAACAUUAAUUGAUUGAUUCUGUAUCGAAAUUUUUAGUACAACGAGAUGAGCAUUACCAAUCGUUUUAUCGAUUAUUUACCGAUUAUCACAUAUGCCUGAGGGGAUAAUCGAUUGGCCAAAAAACUAAUUUUUGAAAACUCUACUCGUGGAUAAUCCCGUUGCCAUAAACAUAAACCUUUUGUUCUGAAUUAUAUCCGAUCUCUUUCCAUUUAACCCUAGAGUAUUGAUGAUUGAUUAAUCAAUUGAUGUGGAAUGUUUUUUUAAAAUAUCACCUGUCUGGGGGAAAAAUGAGACUCAUCAGCAGCAUUGCAUAGGCUAAAUCAGGCUGUUGAAUUGUAAUAACCGAUAAUUGAUUAAAAUGAAUGUUCUAUCUCUCCAUUAGAUGGGAAUAAAAAAUCUUUGAAAAAUCGAAAUUAAGUGGAAACCUCCAGAUGUAUCAUCUUCGAUAUCAAAACAAUCGCUAUUCCAUUCCAUUAAUAGUGAAAAUUUGUAUCAAAAUUCCAACCAUUUUCCCAAUAAUAAAAUAACUAUAUCGCUAAUUUUCUACCCAAUUGUCAUUGUAUAGUGUUAUUAUUCAUUGGGUAAAUAUAUUUCUGAUAACGCAACAAAGCAGUGACUGUAUUUCGAUUUCUCUUGUUUCCUUGGAUCAGCAAGUUAGGGUGAAUAUUUUAUAAAUAUAAGAAUUAGCCAACAAUAUUUAUAGUUAAAUAAUGGAAGGGUCAAAACCAUUCAUCGAGUGUUCGGUAAUGAAAAAAAUUAGAAAUAAUUUUGUAAUUAAAUCUUCAGUGGUAGUUAUUUUGUUCUUAGCGCAAUUUCUGUUAGUCAAGUUAAUGAGAAUUUGUACAAGCCCUUUAAAUGCUGCUGUAUCAUAUAGAGACGACUGAAAUUAUUCAUUUACUCAUUAUUCUAGAUGUACAUUUUAUUAUGGAAAAUAUUUGUAUAAUUCUGAAUGAGUAUUUCUGUAUUACGCAAUUGCUACGUGAAAUUUGAAUCAAUAAAUUUCCUUUGGUUGAUUUGACUGGAAAAAUUGAACACAAGUGGCUAGAUUAUGAUGACGCUGAUAUUAAUUAGAGGACAUUCUAUUAUUUCGAGUCUUCCGCGGCGCCAUAAACAUCACAAAAAUGUUGAAUCUAGCCAAUCAUUAGGGAAAUUUCAUUGAUAGAAGUAGUGGGAAUAAUUGAUUAGGUAACACUCGCUAUAUUUUUUUAUCUCAUCAGAAAUACUGAUAAAAUUAUUGGCAUUACAAUUUGCAUCCCUCUAUUUAAUAUGGAGGAUGAUUUGAAGAUGGGGUAAAACGGUUUGAGUUGAUAGGAAUUGUGGUAGAUUUUUCAGUAAUUCCAGUAAUGCCGGGAGACGUUUUUCAAUUCUUUAAUUUGAGGAAUAAUCGUUGAAUGAAUACGAAGUUCAUUUUCUUCAACUCAACUCGUUUUACCACAGGUGAACGAAAUCUACGAGGUCCCAUCAACCAUUGCGCAGUCGUUUUCUUUUCCCCCUCUCGACUGUAUCACAACCGAAAUGACUAAAUCCACACAUCUGAAAAGCUCUUUGCGAUGUGAAACAACAUAACUACCAAAAAGCAUAGAACAUCUGCGAAAAUAUACAUUUCGAUACUCGUGUAUUCAGAUCUGUCUUUACUCUUGUCCUUCGCCCAAGAAUGCAAAUAUAUAUAUUAUAAUUUAUAUAAAUAAAAAUAAAGAAUUUUUGACAUUCAAGAAGA